AUAGCCCUCUCUCCUUCCUCUGGCAGCUGCAGCAGUCUCGAGCUUACUGUCUCUCUCGACGCCAACUGCAGUCUUCCUAUGGAGGUCUCCUUGGAACUAGGCGCUCCACAGGGUGCUUCCAAAUGCUUCGACGAUGAUGGCCGCCUCAAGAGAACCGGGACACUAUGGACGGCAAGCGCGCACAUCAUAACAGCGGUGAUCGGCUCCGGUGUGCUUUCGUUGGCCUGGGCAAUAGGCCAGCUCGGGUGGGUCGCCGGCCCCAUUGCGAUGCUUCUGUUCUCCUUCGUCACGUACUACACGUCUGCCCUCCUCGCCGACUGCUACCGAUCUGGUGAUCCCAACACCGGCAAGCGCAACUACACCUACAUGGAUACCGUCCGAGCUAAUCUCGAUGGGUUCAAGGUCAAGCUCUGUGGCUAUCUCCAGUACCUCAACAUCGUCGGCGUCGCCAUCGGAUACACCAUCGCUGCCUCCAUUAGCAUGGUGGCAAUCGAAAGGUCCAACUGCUUCCACAAGAACGGAGAUGACAGUCCCUGCCAGGUGAACAGCAACCCUUACAUGAUCAUGUUCGGUGUGGCCGAGAUCAUCUUCUCCCAGAUCCCCGACUUCGACCAGAUAUGGUGGCUCUCCAUCGUCGCCGCUGUCAUGUCCUUCACCAACUCUUCCAUCGGCCUUUCUCUCGGCAUCGUCCAAGUCAUCAAGAAUGGUGGUGUCAGAGGCAGUCUCACUGGAAUCAGCAUUGGCACCGUCAGCGAGAUGGACAAGAUCUGGCGCAGCCUACAAGCCUUCGGCGAUAUCGCAUUCGCCUACUCCUACUCCAUCAUUCUGAUCGAGAUUCAGGAUACAAUAAGAGCGCCGCCACCGUCGGAGGCGAAGGUGAUGAAGAGGGCGACCCUCAUCAGCGUGGCGGUGACGACGGUCUUCUACAUGCUGUGCGGAUGCAUGGGCUACGCCGCGUUCGGCGACAUGGCCCCGGGCAACCUCCUCACUGGCUUCGGCUUCUACAAUCCCUACUGGCUCCUCGACAUCGCCAACGUCGCCAUCGUCGUCCACCUCGUCGGCGCCUACCAGGUCUACUGCCAGCCGCUCUUCGCCUUCGUCGAGAAAUGGGCUCUGGAGACGUGGCCCAGGUCGCAGUUCAUCGGCAAGGAGAUCCAGGUCCCGCUGCCGGCGCGGGGAUCGUACAAGCUCAACCUCUUCAGGCUAAUAUGGCGCACGACGUUCGUGGUGAUAUCCACCGUCGUGUCGAUGCUCCUUCCCUUCUUCAACGAUGUGGUGGGCUUGCUCGGGGCCAUUGGGUUCUGGCCGCUGACGGUGUACUUCCCGGUGGAGAUGUACAUCGUGCAGAAGAAGGUGGCGAGGUGGAGCACGAGGUGGGUGUGCCUGCAGUUGCUGAGCUUGGCUUGCCUAGCCAUCACCAUAGCCUCGGCGGCCGGCUCUAUAGCCGGGGUGGUGAGUGACCUCAAGGUCUACCGGCCCUUCAAGGCGAGCUAGGAAGACAAAGCUCACAGAUCAGAUGUAGCUGAUAGUUGUUUAUUCCCUGUGGUUGUUGCUGUGCUUCACUUAUUUGUUUGUGAUCCUCCAAGAAAAGCAGCUCAAUUACUCGAUAGAAGGUACCAAAAGCAAGCUGUGGGUGUACUCCAUCUGGAAUCCUCUACUGAAUCAAUAGAACUCAAUUAAUAUUUGUUUCAUGACUUAUGUUUUCAGUUAUUUAAUAAAAUAUAAAUAUUCAGAUCGA